ACGCCACACCCAGCAAGCACCAAUCUGGCAAUUUCCACUGCUUGCUUUCACAGUUUCACUUAUUUAUAAGAAGAGUACGAGUACCAGUCCCACAUUCCCUUCUCUUCAAUAUUGCUGCUUGAUAUUGAUCUUGUCUUAAGACACUAACAAAGAGUUCUUGCUUCUUCAUCUUGUCCGAAAAAUUUCUUCAUUUUGUCCAAAAACACCCAACCAUGGCUUAUUCUUUUGUAGAGAAUACGAGAUUUUACCCUUCAACAUCCUCCAUAUUGUCCUUGUACGCUUCAGUUUCCACUUCCUUAAUGCUCUUGCGUAAUGUUUACCAUGAAUUAGUACCGAAGAAGCUCGAGACUUUUCUUGUCUCAAAAUUCUUGAUCUUCUUCUCUCGUAGAAAAUCAUCUCCUUCUUAUGAUACCUUCAUAAUUGAUGAUUCGUGGGACGGUCUUGAUUGCAACAAACUCAUAGACGCAGCAAGAUUCUACUUGUCUUCCAAGAUCGGCCCUAAAAACAAAAUUAUUAGAGUUGGUAAGUUUAGAGGGCAAAAGAAUGUAACAGCUGCCUUAGUAGAAGGUGAGAAAAUUGUUGAUGUCUAUGAAGGGAUAGAAAUUACAUGGCAAUAUGCAAAGCAAGAAAAGGACGAUCAAUCCAAGAAUGGUAAAUUCUAUGACAAAUGUUAUUUUGAACUAACAUUUGAAGAUCAAUAUAGAGAAAAAAUCUUUAAUGGUUACUUAAACCACAUUUUGGAUACUUCCAAGGCCAUGACAAAAGGCGAAAAGGUUUUAAAGCUUUAUACAAGGUCUGGAGGUUUUUGGGAUUCCAUUGAUUUUCGACAUCCAUCGACAUUUGAUACGCUAGCGAUGGAUCACAACCUAAAGAAGUCUAUUAUAGAUGAUAUAGAUAGGUUCUUGGCAAGGAAAGACUACUAUAAGAGAAUUGGAAAGGCUUGGAAAAGAGGAUACUUACUCUAUGGUCCUCCUGGCACUGGAAAAUCAAGCUUAAUUGCAGCUAUGGCUAAUUACCUCAAGUUUGAUGUG